GCUCUUUUUUCCACUUCCGUUUCGCGGGUAAAAUUUUCAUAACGAUCAGUUGUCGGUAUCUGUGUCGAAUUACGUAGAAUUGUGCGAGAAUUGUGUCAAAGUACUGACAAAAGUUGUUUUGAAAGUGAAAAAGAAACAUGCAUGUAUUAAAACGCGAUGGACGUAAAGAACCUGUUCAUUUCGAUGAAAUAACUGCAAGAAUCGAGACAUUAUGUUACGAUUUGGAUAUGAAUUAUGUGGAUCCAGCUGCGAUUGCACUUCGUGUUAUAACUGAUUUGUAUUCUGGAGUAACAACAGUUGAAUUGGACAAUUUAGCAUCUGAAAUUGCAGCAAGUAUGAUCAAUCAACAUCCAGAUUACGCAAUUUUAGCAGCUAGAAUUGCCAUAUCGAAUCUGCAUAAAGAGACAAAAGAGAAUUUUAGUGAAGUGGUAGCUGAUUUAUUCUAUGCAAAAAUCUCCACAAACAAAUGUUUACCUAUAAUCAGUGAAAAAUAUUAUAAAAUUAUUGAAAGCAAUGCAGACAAAUUGAAUUCUGCAAUAAUAUACGACAGAGAUUUCAAUUAUAGUUAUACUACAUUUAAAAUGUUGGAAACUAAUCACUUAUUAAAACUGAAUGAAAAGGUUGUUGAAAGACCACAGCAUAUGCUGAUGCGAGUUGCUGUAGCUAUUCAUGUUGAAGAUAUUGAUAAGGCUAUUGAAACAUAUAAUUUUUUAUCAGAACAAUAUUUUGUAUAUCCUGCACAGACAUUAGAUACUGCAUGUACCAUUAAGCAACAAAUGGCUAGCUCAUUUCUAUUGACAAUGUCUGGAGAUAGUAUAGAUGGAAUAUUGGAUACAUUGGAAAGAUCUGCUCUUCUUUGUUAUUAUAAUGGUGAAAUAGGAUUCAAUGUAAAUUGCAUUCGGGCAAAAAAUACACCUAUCAGAGGCACAGGAGGCGUGUCAAAUGGAUUGGUACCUAUGUUGAAAGCAUACAAUACAUCUAUUGCAACUGUUUCUAGAAGUGGCAAAAAUGCAGAACAAAUUACCGUAUAUUUAGAACCAUGGCAUGCUGAUAUCUUUGAGUUUUUGGAUCUUAAAAGGAGUAUUGGUGAGGAAAAAUUGAGGGCUAAAGAUAUGCUUUAUGCAUUGUGGACUCCAGAUUUAUUCAUGGAACGUGUUUUUAAUGAUGAAGUUUGGAGUUUAAUGUGUCCACAUGAAUGUCCUGCCUUAAUUGAAGAAUAUGGUGAUGAAUUUGAAAUGUUGUAUAGAAAAUAUGAACGAGAAGGACGCUUUCGGAAACAGAUCAAAGCUAGAGUUUUGUGGAAUCUCAUCAUUCAGACACAAUUUGAAACAGGCACACCAUAUAUAGUUUAUAAAGAUCAUUGUAAUCGUAAAACAAAUCAUGAGAAUCUGGGCACAAUUAAAUGCAGUAGUUUCUCCACUGAGAUUACUCAGUAUUCAAGUUCUAAUGAGAUAGCUAUGUGUAAUACAGCUUCAAUUGCUGUCAAUAUGUUUGUAGAUUCUAUUAAGAAAACUUUUGAUUUUAAUAAGCUUAAAGAAAUUGUGAAAAUCGUCACUUACAAUUUGGAUAAAAUGAUUGAUGCUAAUUUGUAUCCUCUUCCGGAAAUAAAAUUGUCUUGUGAGAGACAUAGAUCUAUUGGUAUCGGUAUACAAGGAUUAGCAGAUGCAUUUAUCUUAAUGAGAUACCCAUUUCAAAGCAAAGAAGCUCAUGAACUCAAUAUUCAAAUUUUUGAGACUCUCUAUUAUGGUGCUCUAGAAGCUAGUUGUGAAAUAGCCAUUGAGAAAGGUCCAUAUAAAUCAUAUGAACUUAGUCCGGUUAGUCAAGGUAUAUUGCAGUACGAUAUGUGGACUGUACAACCAACAAAUUUAUGGGACUGGAGCACAUUAAAAAAAAAGAUUGAAAUACAUGGUGUGCGCAAUUCUUUAUUAAUAGCGCAAAUGUCAGAUGCCUUUAUGGCACAAAUGUUAGAAAAUAAUAUAUCAGUUGAACCAUAUAAAAGCAACAUAUAUAUAAUACAUGCAUUAUCUAAACAAUUCCGAAUUGUCAAACCACGUUUGUUGCGAGAUUUAAUUGAAAAAAAUCUUUGGGAUGAAAACAUGUGUAACAAAAUCAUUAAUAAUGAUGGAUCUAUACAAGAUAUUGAGGGUAUACCAGACGAAUUAAAACUUCUUUAUAAAACAGCUUGGGAAAUGCCACAAAAAGUUAUUUUUGAUAUGGCUGCCUCUCGUGGACCUUUUGUCGAUCAAUCGCAAUGUUUAAAUGUUCACAUGACUGAUCCAUUAGAGAAGCUUACAUCUGUGCAUUUUUAUGCUUGGGACUGCGGCUUGAAAUCCAGCAUAUGUCGUAUCAAUGGAUCUGAAGUAGAAUAAAAUAAAAGUGAUAAGAAGUUAAAUAAAUUCAGAUAAAAAGAAAAAAAAUAUAUAUAAAAGAUAAAGUAAGAAUGCAUGAACUUUCUCACAGAAAAAUAAAAAAUAAAAUUUGUUUUUGUAAAAAAACGUAA